UUCCGCUUCCCUCGCUAGUUUAGUGGCUCGGCUCGUCUCGUAGAGUUUCGUGAAGCUGAACCUGCGUCAGAACUGUUACGGGCACGUUCUUUGUGAAAACUGUCAUCAAGGCGUCCACGAUGGAUCUCCUCCCGGACGACGUCCUGGUACAGGUCAUGUCCCUCCUGAGCCUGCCGGAGGUUUUCCAACUGCGCCUAGUUUGCUCGAGGUUCGCGGCCCUGGCCCUGCAUCGGGACGUUUGGCGGCUCAGAGGCGUCGGCGACGCGUCUGAUCUCUUCGACGCCGACCCCUGGUCCUGCCGCGCGCUGCGCCUGGCGCCGUGCCUGGACUCGGUGCGGGUCAGCCUCUCGGCCUCCUGCCCGGAGUGCCACCAGCUGUUCACCGCCCCGUGUGCCGCGAGGAGCUUGACGAUCACCGCAGUGGGUGGUGAAGGGGCCCUGCUCGCGGCCCGACUCAUCGCGCACCAGCGGGGCCUCGGCCGGCUGCGAGAGAUCGACAUUCACCUCGUCAGCCGCGUUAGCUCGAGCAAUGCCGACCGUGAGGCGUCUAAAGCGCACGCCUCCACACUUUUCGAGACGCUGGCGUCGACGCCUGGUUUGCGUGUCCUUUCGAUUGGAGGCUGUGACGACUACCACGUCCCCGCCGAGCCCGCCGGCCCCGUCCUCGCGUCGCUGAGGCGCCUCGCCUGCCAGCUGACCCCGGCGGUGCCGCGCGUCCUCGACUCGCUGCUGGCCGGGCACGCCGCCACCCUCCGGGAGGUGAGCCUCUCCUCGUACUGCUUCCCGUCCUGGUCGAGCUCGAGCUCCACGGCCCUCCUGCUGGCCGGGCUGCCCCUGCUCGCCGUGCUCAAGUGCCCGAUGCUCCCCGGCAUGGACGCCCUGGUGGCGUGCGCGUCCCUGCGCAAGGUCAUCCUCCUCUUGGACGGCAACCAGGCGGCCCCGGAGGAGGCCGUGAGCUCGUCGGUGAGGGGCGUCGUCGAGGCGGCCGCCGCGUUCUUCCGCCGCGCGCACCAGCUGCGCGCCGUCCACGUCCACGGCUCUUCCGACCUCACCAACGCCGUCGAGGUCGUCUCGGCCCUGGCUUCCUCGGGGCGCUCCUGCGUGGAAGCGCUGUGCAUCGAUAACAACCUCUCCCAGAACUCUGAGCUGAUGCUGGCGCUGCUCGGCGCGCUUCAGUCGCUGUGCACUCCGGGCCGCAGCCACAACCUGAGGCUGUGCAUCAACGUGCUGUGGGGCGCGGAGGCCGGUCGAAGUCUACUCGCAGCAGCGACAGCGAACCCCAACCCCGAACCCCAUGUACGCGUGAGUGAGGGCCCAAAAUGUCUCGACGACCAUGAAUGUCUUGCCUAUGUGUGACGCCAUUAAAUUCGUGGUUUUA